CAGCGCGCUGCACUCAGCCGUGCGUUUGUUUCCCUCUCACACAAAGUGCCCAAAGCACCGAUCCGUUCCGAAUCGAACCAAGCCAAGCCGAGCCACGGCGUGCGUUUGCGCCCCCAAACGCAACCCCCGCCUCCUCCUCCAUCACCCCACCCUCUCCUCGCCGUCUCCGACCGCCGUUUCUCUGGCAAUGGAGCCGUAACCAACCUCAGUGUGCUUAACUGAGCUGAGCGUGUGAAAUAGCAGCGGAUACGAGGAGACAGCUGAGACCAAGCGGCUAUGGAGGAGAAGCGCAGGGUGGCUGGAGUCUAGACUGCAAGCAAAUCAACUUGUCCGGAUUACUUUUUGGCACGUUUUUUGAACUCUGUUACCACUAUUAGAACAGGAAUUUCCUUCUUCUUCUUCUGACCAUCUUAGGCUAUCAUUGCACGGCGAGGAUGCAGGGGAAGGAGGCGAGCUUUUGCACGGGAUGCUGGAGACUAACACUGCUGUCGUGCGUCCUGGCUCUGCACUUGAUCCCGCUGGCUGUCCAAGGAAACGUGGUCGGGAUAAACUCCACAGAGCAGGACAGCAUGGCCAAUGUUACUUCCCUGCUUAACGAGGAGGAGGGGCCUGUCAAGGUCGAGGAGAUGAGCAUUUCAGCCAGUCCCGACAUGAUCAGCACUGUGACCCCGAGGGCAGGCCGGAUCCCCCGUGCCGGCGAGGACGAGGAGCAGAGCAGCGGCAUGUUUGGUGAAACAGUGGCUCCUGUGGAGGAAGCGGGUGUGGCAGCCCCACCCCAGCUCAGCCCUGAUUCGGCUGAAACGGAGCUCUUGCUGCCUAGCGACACACAAGUACCGGAGGUCAUGGGGGGCAAGGAGGAGGAAGUGGAGGAAGAGGAGGAGGAGGAGGAGCGUCUGCCACACACCGACCCGCCUUGGAUCCAUGCCAAGGACACGGCCGUGUUUGACCUGGAUCACCUUAUUACCACUACUGCCCCGCCCUCGGCCGCCACCAACCCCUCUAACCCCGAUGUCCUCCAUGUGGACUUCUUCGACCCUGCCUCUCGUGGGCGCAGCCUUGACCUUGCCCCGCCCUCUCCUUCGUCACAGGCCCAUGAGCUACAGGGAGGUGACCAGACUUCCUGGGCGAUGCCGGAGAACUACGACUACCUCACACCCUACGAGGAUGGAGCGUCUCCCACUACUGAUGAGUACACCUACAGCACCACAACCGAUGCCUACGAGAGUGACGAAGACCUCCGGUUCUCUGCUGGGUCUCCAGCUCGCUCCAGGCCCCGGGUCCCAGGGUCUGAUUCCUUCAUCCCUGGGGAAGCACUUCCUGGCGCCGGAGCUCCAGUACCAAACGUCCCAGUUGCGGCCCCUCCUGUUGAUGGGUCGGACGGGAUGGGUGGAUGUCGUGUGGGCUACCAGACGGUGAACGGAAGUUGCCGCUCGCCCUGCGACAUGCUGCCCAACUACUGCUUCAACGGGGGACAGUGUUACCUGCUGGAGGGCAUGGGAGUCUUCUGCAGAUGUAACGUCCAGGAUUACAUCUGGCACAAGGGUGCUCGCUGCGAGUCGGUGGUGACCGAGUUCCAGGUGAUGUGUCUGGCCGUGGGCGCUUCAGCUCUGGUGGUCCUGCUGCUCUUCAUGAUCAUCGUCUGCUUUGCCAAGAAACUCCACGUGCUCAAGACGGAAAACAAGAAGCUGCGCAAGCGCAGCAGUAAGUACCGGCCUACAUCGGAGCAGCACAAUGAUAAUUUCUCGCUGUCCACCAUCGCUGAGGGCUCCCACCCAAAUGUAAGGAAACUGUGCGACACCCCUCCUAACGUCCCUCAUGCCCGUGCAUUGGCUUACUAUGAUAACAUUAUCUGUCAGGAUGAUCCUAAUUCCCAGAACAAGCUGGAGGACCCGGUGAAGGCCCCGCCCAAGGAGGACGACUCCCUCAACAUCCACAACUCUCUGACCCCCAAACACGAGAACCACAAGGUCCUGGGCGAGGAGAACUCCUCGGAGGUAAACUCACUGCAGAACAACAUGAUGUGAAAACUAAACAAAAACAAAACGACCCCAGCAGCCUGACAACACCACACCGAAAACGACAAGGUGCGCCGGCAACGGGAGCCCCCAGAUCCCUCCCUGCUCUCCGUCCGUCCGCUGCCGAGUGCGCCUAACCGGUCAACCAACCAACCAGCCUGCCAACAUACCAGCCAACCAACCCAGUCUGCAACCGUCUCCGACACGGCAACACUGCCACCAAGCGGCCCGGGCCGCUGCAAAAAAUGCACACCGCCGCCGCCGCCGCCACUACCCCUGCUGAGAGUAACCCCCCACCCCACCAGCCUCACCCUGCCGCCGCCUUGCAACCCCCCUUACAUCCACUCACGCCCCUGUUUCGCUGCCCUUGCCCCCCUUGUUGCUGUCACUCUACUCUCCCUUAUUUCUCUUACCUGCACACAUGCACACACACACACA